CUGUCGUUGUAGCUAUUAUCUCUACGCACAGACUAACACGUCAGUUUGCGAAAUAAAUGUAGCACAUAUCGAACUGCUUAUUUAUAUCGACGCAGAUUAAGAGAUCCUAUCAAGCUAAAGUAUCUAGCAUUUGUGAAAUAUAGCUAGUCUGUUAUAUAGCCACACACAUAGGCUAGCUAGCUAGUAAGUCACUACAAGUGUAGCUAGCUAGCUUGCCAUUUAUUUUGACAUCCUUCGAGUGGGCAUUUUUAAGAAUAAUAUAGUGGUUUCCCUGACCCCACUGUGGCUAGUUGUAGUUAGCUGUUUCUCAAACUUCCUCCUGCGACUGCGAGGAAUUAAAUCACAAUAUGAACUGCCGUUCGGAAGUGUUGGAGGUGUCCGUGGAGGGGAGGCAGGUUGACGAGGCCAUGUUGGCACUUCUGCAUACGAUUCUGCUGCAUCGCAGCACCGGUAAAUUUCACUACAAGAAAGAGGGCACAUAUUCCAUAGGUACUGUUGGGACGCAGGAUAUUGACUGCGACUUCAUCGAUUUCACAUUUGUUCGCGUGUCUUCCGAGGAGCUGGACAGAGCUAUUAGAAAAGCAGUCGGGGAGUUCAAGGAAGCUUUGGGGAACUCUGGGAGCGACGGAAUGGGCCAGAUUUCUUUGGAGUUCUACCAGAAAAAGAAGUCCCGCUGGCCUUUCUCAGACGAGUGCAUCCCCUGGGAGGUCUGGAGCAUCAAAGUAAACGUCGUCAACUUGGCCAACGAGCAGGAGAGGCAGAUCUGCCGUGAGAAAGUUGGCGAGAAGUUGGGCGAGAAAGUCAUUAACAUUGUGGAGGUGAUCAACCGCCACGAGUACCUGCCCAAGAUGCCCACGCAGUCCGAGGUGGACAACGUGUUCGACACCAGUCUCAAAGAUGUCCAACCGUACCUCUACAAGAUCACCUAUCAGAUCACAGACUCACUCGGCACGUCAGUGAGCACUACCAUGAGGAGACUCAUCAAGGACACCUUGGCACUUUAGAAACCUGUGUGGAAGAGGGACUCCGUUUUACUGGUCGACGUAAAAUAUUUUACUCCUUGGUAGAUUCGAUGACUGAUGUAGACUAGUUAGCCAGUAUUUUUAUUUUGGUAAAUUCUUGACUUUAUAGACACUGAGAUGGGGCGCAAGUCCGGUGCCCCUUUGAACAAAGCAAAUACGCGUAGUACAAAUUUCAAUAUGCGAAAUGUCUCUCGCUAUUUGUAGUAGUAGCCUAGCAGUAGUAGUGUUUGUACAACGAAGCUCGGAAAUUAUCAUUAAAUCGAUUACCCAUUAAGGGUUAAAGCUGCAAAUCUAGCACAUCACGCUUUGGCAACAAUUGAUUCCUAAAGUGAUUGAAAAUAAAGUUGGCUACCUUUGAUGAUCAUUGCUACUGUAACGUGACAUUUGGAGUCAGUAUAAAAGAAAGCAUACUAAUAUAUAUUGUACAAAUAAAUUGAGUUGAAAAUUAAGUCGAUAACUUAAGCGCAUAAUAACAAUACUGUAUUUGUGAGAUGGGGCAUAUCUUUAAAUGCUGCAGGACAUUUCUGAUAUAUUUCUGCAAUAAACGAAAUGUAUCUUUAUGAAAUUACAAAAAUAAAAAAUCUUUUGGAUCCUCUAA